UUGAAAACGAUACGUGGAAGCGUAGGUGCGUGUUAACUGUUGCAGCUCCCUGCCCUGCUGAAGCAUCGUCUGUUUAAAGAGUUCUUUUGCAGUUAUUUGGUAAACAAUGAAGGUUCUCUUGCUGAAGGAUCCCAAAGACAAAGAUUCAGGACCAGAUCCAUAUAUUAAAGAGUUGGGAUUAUAUGGAUUUGAAGCAACUUUGAUUCCAGUUUUGUCAUUUGAAUUCAUAUCUCUUGAAAGGUUAUUUGAAAAGCUCUCUCAUCCAGAAUGUUAUGGAGGCCUAGUUUUUACCAGUCCAAGAGCAUUAGAAGCCAUCAAGAUAUGUUUAAAAGAGAAUAGUAACAAUGACGCCUGGUCAAAAUCUCUUAAACAAAGAUGGAAUACCAAACCAGCUUACGUGGUAGGAAAAGCUACAGCUUCUCUAGUGGAAGAAAUUGGCCUUACUCCACAAGGAGAAAAGUCUGGAAAUGCUGAAAAAUUAGCUGAAUAUAUUUGCUCAAGAGAGAAACCUAAUUCUUCAGCUCUUCUUUUUCCUUGUGGAGCCCUGAAAAGAGAAGUACUUCCUACAGUACUUAGAGAAAAAGGUAUACCUCUGGAAAGCCUUACUGUUUAUCAAACCACCCAACACACUGACCUGCAAGAAUCAUUGAGCAGUUAUUUCUCACAACAGGGAAUUCCAGCAAGCAUCGCGUUCUUCAGUCCAUCUGGUGUCAGAUUUUGCCUCCAGCACAUUCAGAAGCUUUCGGGGGAUUUUAUCAACCAUAUCAAGUUUGCUGCUAUCGGUCCAACAACUGCUGAAGCCAUGGAAGCAGCAGGAAUCCCAGUUAGCUGUACUGCAGAGAAUCCGACUCCCCAGGACCUCGCUGCUGGGAUCCAAAAAGCACUUCAGUUACAGAACUGCUGUUUACCUAAAUAAGAGCACAGCAUGCAUUUGAAGGUGAAUAUGGUGCUGUAGGACAUUUUUCCAUUUUGCAGACCUGUUGUCCUGCAAGAAAGUAUUUUUGAGGAAUAUGCAACACUGUCCUUGUCAGGGCCUGGUGUGAGAAGCUUGCAUCUAAAUAUCUAAGAAAUCUAGAAUUUGUCCAGCAUCUCUUAAAGCAUCUAGCUAUUCCCCUUUUCUCAUGUGUGCAGUGUAAAUAUUUUAUAUGGGCGUUCCUUGAAACUAGGUGAGAGGCUAAUCUGCAUCGGAGUGGUAUAUUGAAAUAAGCUCAAUGUAUCACCUCAUGUAUCUCCUAGCACACAAGGUAAGGUUUUCAUUUCUCUGUAUAAAUCAGUUUUACAUGCACAUCUUCUUUUUCUUUUGUAGAAGAAAAGCAUACUUACCACGAAGUAUUUUCUGUUGUAAAGCUUACUUGUUCAUUGUUCUGCUUUUCAAAUAUUUAUAUUAAAAUGGUGAUUGUAGAUUCUCAAUGGAAUAGGAAAAUUCUUGCAGUGAACUUGCACUGUGUGGAGCUAAUAGCAGGUCAGGUAUUCCCACUAAAUAUCCUUACAGUACAGAGUCUUAAAAAAUUAGUUUUUGCUUUCUAUUCCUGUAAUGAAGAUGGAUUUAUUAACAGAGAAAUAAACUGGCUUAUCAUCAUUAAUAAUGG